GCAGCUCUUCCUACACUAUGCUGAAGUUUGUUAGUAAACAAGCCCUAACCAUCGAAAUAAGGUGUGAACAAUGUUGCGUUCAAUAAUUUUAGCAUUACUUUUGACAGAGCUUGUAAUUUCUGGUCCUCACACUUACAAGAGUAAAAAAGGUUCUAAAGAAACUCUAGAUGAGAGUUCUAGCUUCAAACUUCAUUUCAAAGAUGGACAGCAUAAUAAUGAAUUUGAUCAUGAGUCCAUUUUGGGAAGCCAUAAUGCUGCUGAAGAAUUUGAUAGCCUUUCUCCAGAAGAAUCUAAGAAGAGGCUUCAUGCUCUAGCUUUAAAAAUGGAUAGCAAUGAUGAUGGUUAUGUUGAUAGAAAAGAAUUGACGCAAUGGAUUUUGAGAUCUUUUAAGAUGCUAACAGAAGAAGAAGCUUUGGAUGAAUUGGAAGAUGAAGAUGGAGAUGAGGAUGGAAAAGUCACAUGGGAAGAGCAUUUAGCAGAAACCUAUGGCAUGUAUGAUGAUGAUCUUGCACUUACACAAGACUCAGUGGAGGAUUAUCAGAUGUUGCAAAAUGAUAAAGAGCUAUUUAAAGCAGCAGAUCUAAAUGGUGAUGGAAUUUUAAACAAAUCAGAAUAUCCUGCCUUUUCGCAUCCUGAAGAGUUCAAACACAUGCAUCAGGUUUUGUAUGAACAAAUGAUGAGAAAACGUGACGUGAAUAAUGAUGGAUUUCUUAGUUUUGAAGAAUUCAUUGCAGAUCACCAUGGUCAAUCCCCUUCUGAAAAUAGUGAAAACUACGCUGUAGAAAAAGAUAGAUUUAUCCAUGAUUUUGACUUGAAUAAUGACAGCAAAUUGAGUAAAGAAGAAGUACUUCUCUGGAUUAUACCAAACAAUGUAGAGACUGCUGAGAAUGAAGCAGAUCAUUUAUUGGAGAGUUCGGACGUUGAUAAAGAUGCCAAAUUAUCGAUUAAAGAGAUUGUUGAUCAUCAUGAAAUAUUUGUGGGAAGCGAAGCGACUGACUUUGGAGAACAACUUCAUAAAAGUAGUCAUCAUUAUGAGGAUGAGCUAUGAACUUUUAAUCCGUCUUUAUUUAUUUUUUUUUUAUUCUGAAUUUUAAGCUUGUUUUAUCUUUUUUUUUUAAAUUGGCUUAAAAUGCAUCUCAAAAUACAUAAGUGUUUUUAGUAAAGAAGAGCUUAUAUUUUGUUUUUAAUCUAUGCAUUAGGAGCAAUUUUUCAUAUUCUCAUAUUUAAAUUAUUGGGUGAGACCAAGACCAAAUAUUAUGUCAAUCUAUUAAAUAUGGCUGUAUUCAGAACCAACUUUAUCUCUGGCACUGUUAAUUGAUUCUAAUUUCAAGCUAUUUCACGUUCAAGCUAUCUAAUUCAAGUAGAAUUCAUUGCAACCUCUGUAUAUAUUAUUUUCAUUUGGGAUAUAUUAUUUUACUGAGAUAUGUAAUAGAGUGUGAUUAGCAAACAUUAUAUUGGUUAUUUUAGAAGUAAAAUUAGAAAAAUAUUCAAAAUAUAUUUACAAGCUAUUUAAAAAAAAACUCUGGAAUUAAUUUUCAAUUAUUUUUGUAAUCAAUUAUAAUAAGCCCAUAAAGUGUUACUGAACUAAACUAUGUCUUAUGCUAAUAAGGUAUAUUAAGUUUCUUUUUUAUUAUUAUUAACCUUUUGAAAUAAUCAAUUGCUUUAUAUGUCAGUAGAUAAAAUAAUUUUUUUACAGCUUACGAGGUCUAUAAUGAUUUGUGAUCUUCAAAAAACAUUUAAGAUUUAUUUAUCAAGUUGAAAAGCAGUGUAUGAUAAUAAAAAAAAAUUAAAUUGUGCCAAAGUAAUUAAAAUAUGUUCCUCAGGAUGUCAAUGAUGUAUUUGCUUAAUGUGAGUCAUUAUGUACACAGAGUGUUUGUGCGUGUAGAUCAAAUGUUUUUAUUGACUGUAAACACUUUUGCUUUACAUUGGAUUUUAUGUCUGGAAUGUCAUUUCUUUCAAUGUUCUGUAAUUUUUAAAGCAUGUUUGUGAAGUCCUCUCUCUUUUGUAUUUUUCAAAUAAUAUAAAUAUGUUCUCUUAAA